AAGAAAAAAACGAAAUAUUUACUUUAAAAUCCACAGAAUGUCAUUUUCAUUUAUGAAUUUCAUUAUAUAGUUCUAUGUUUCAUUUAUUUUCGAUGUAUUGCAUUACAUAUUGACAUAUUGGAACCAGAGAAUGAAUCACCAACAUAUCUCUUCCUGCCGAUGUCUCGCUUGAUGCAGGUUUGAACGUGAUAUUCCGCGUUUUUUGUUCACUUUGCAGUCUAGAAUCACUCAACGGUUUGUUUACUUCAUCUAGAGCACAUUUAGUUACCAGAAAAAGUUUAUUGUGACCAUUGAAUCAUGGGGAAAAAAAGGGACCUUACACCUCGAAAGAAAGCUGGAAUUAAGGCCCUCAUUGAUGCAGAAAUGUUUUCCAACCGCGAAAUUUCAACAAGGUUGAAUGUUUCUGAAGCUAGUGUACGACGCAUAAAGAAAGCAGUUGAAUCCGGUAAAGGAUUAGCCCCGAAAAGGAAAAAAAAAUGUGGAAGAAAGCCAAUUUUUACUCCAAGGUCAGAACGAUGCCUGAAGAAAAUUUGUCUGCAAAACAGAUUUGCAUCCACAAAUAUCAUCAGAACCAAACUAAAAGAUGCUAAUGUGAAUGCUUCUGAGCGUACUGUACGCAGAAAAUUGAAGGAUUUGGAUUUCAAAGCCUACCGACCUGCCAAGAAACCAAAAUUAACAACAGCAAUGAAAGCAAGGCGUCUGAAUUGGGCCAAACAGUGGAGAGAAAAAGAUCUGGACUUCUGGAGAACGGUAAUUUAAUAUUUAAUUAAUCAUCUACGAUUAAAUAAUGAAGAG